AUGGCGGCGGGCGGAGCGCGGGGCCGCAGCCGCACGGAGGCCCGCGGCUUAGCGCUCCCAGGGCGGCGGCGACGGCGGCCUCCCGGGCGCUGUGCGAAGGGGUCCCUGGAGGGCGGGCGCCCGGCGACCGCCUCUGCUCAGCCCGCGGGGGAGGCGCCGCCGGCGGCCCGCUGCCAGGAGCCGGGCGGCCCCCGGACGCCGAGCCUGUGUUCUUCACGCAAGGCGGCUGACAGACGACCCACAAAGAGGCUAAAAUGUGAAAAAAACAGUCUAGUAAAAUCAGAACUAGAAGGACUUGCAUGUGGAAGUGGAAACCUUGCUGCAUUGGGGGAAAAGCCUAAAACAUCUGAGGAUCGACAUUCAGAAGAUCCAGGAGACGGCAAUAUAAUUCAACAGAAAAAAGGUGAAAGCAUUCCAGAGGCUAAUGAAGACAAACAGGAAAAGGAGCAUAAUGUUUCUCUCAAGCCAUGUCCAGUGAAAUCAAGCAGUGCUCCAUCAAAAAUGGACCGUGAUGAAAAUCUGCAUAAUCAUGUCUGCAGGGAAGAGGAGAGCAGUUGUGAGAGUGUACUUUCAGAUGGGUCUAGCUUGGAGGAUAUAGAUCUCCCGAAGAAGCCGAUACAACUAGACAAUAGUGCUUUCUUGGAUGAAGACAGCAACCAGCCAAUGCCAGUGGACCGGUUCUUUGGAGAUAUCGAGUUUAUACAGGAUCUCCCAGCAGUUGCGCUCCCAAGCACAACGAUGAGCAGGCGAGAAUUCAGAAAGCUACAUUUCAUUGCAAAGGAAGAUGAGGAGGAGGAGGAAGAGGAUGUUGUCUAACAACAAACUAUAAACAAAUGAAACCUUUUUUCUUUUUCUUUGCACAUGUAAUGAUGGUUGGCUAUGUCACUAACAUAAGGUGUCUGCGUUUGCCUUUUCUCAGAGAGAGAACUGGUAGAGUUUGUUUUUCUGGAAUUGGCAGAUACAGUAUUCUCCCGCAGUUAUCUGGGGCAAAGAUUGACUGAAUUUUCAGUGAUUUUGAAACAAAUUGUAAUUUAUCGCUUUACCGCUAAUAUUUAGGACAAAAACAGGGAAAAGAGAAGUUCUUACUGCUUUUUUAUGAAUUUGAGCCCAUGUCUAGCGUGAACAUUUGGUCUCACUCCUUUUUUAAAAAUAGCCAAGAAAACCAUGUUAGGACAAGGUCCUUUUUCUUUUAAUUCUGCUAUGUCUGUCAUUGUGGCAUCCAGUUAGUAAUGCAGCCAGCCGAGUACCCAGUACAGAGAGGCACACCGGCCUCUGUUGCAUAAGUUGUGUUGCAUUGUUUACAUCCAAACCAGAAGCAAUUAAACCUCUAAAAUGCAGUUCUGCUGGCAAAACUAAAUGCAUGGAUGUCAAUGUGAGUUCAGUGGUGUUAACCUCUGGAAGUUAAGUACUAUUUAUUGCACGUCAGUUCUCUGAACCACCGCCAUGUGAAGCUGACUGCUUCCCUCUUCCACCAGACCAGCCGUAAGCAUUGCCUUUUUUAAUGGUUGUGUAAUGCAGCUCGUGCGGUAUUUUCAAUUGACUUCCAAGGGUUAUGAGUAGGAAUUUCGUCAGUGAUAAAGGAGGAAUAAACACUCUCAGUGUCGGACUUGGUAGAUGAACGAGUAUCGAUUGCUAAGGAUAUGGGUCAGUCCACCAAAUUUGUUAUUUUGGCCUGCAUUUUUAGAAACUAAUGAGCAACCUCAGAUGAUUUCAGGAACUGUUAACUCACCCAAUGUUUAAGAUACUACUUCUUUGAAAGUGUGAUUAUGCAGUAAGCUUCCAGAUCUUUAUUGUUAUAAGUAGUUUCUUCUACAUUUCUAUAAAUAUAGAGAAAAUGUUAUCAGCAGAUGGUUUAAAUAAAUAUUAAUUUCUACA